GACGCCCUCCGCCCCACCCGCUUCGAUCUCCCUCCCCCGGCCUCGCUCCCACGUCCUCCUCCUCCUCCGAUCCCAUCCCUACCACAGAGGCCAGAUCGCCACCGCGGCGCGAGGACCGUCGUCGCCAAGAUGAGGGAGAUCCUGCACAUCCAGGGCGGGCAGUGCGGCAACCAGAUCGGCGCCAAGUUCUGGGAGGUGAUCUGCGGGGAGCACGGCGUCGACGCCACGGGCCGAUACUCGGGGGCCUCCGCGCAGCAGCUCGAGCGGAUCAACGUCUACUACAACGAGGCGGGGGGCGGGCGCUACGUGCCCCGCGCCGUGCUCAUGGACCUGGAGCCCGGCACCAUGGAGUCCAUCCGCGCGGGCCCCUUCGGCAGCAUCUUCCGCCCCGACAACUUCGUCUACGGCCAGUCCGGCGCCGGCAACAACUGGGCCAAGGGACACUACACCGAGGGCGCCGAGCUCAUCGACUCCGUCCUCGACGUCGUGCGCAAGGAGGCCGAGAACUGCGACUGCCUCCAAGGGUUCCAAGUAUGCCACUCCCUGGGUGGCGGCACGGGUUCUGGCAUGGGCACGCUACUCAUCUCCAAGAUCCGUGAGGAGUACCCGGACCGCAUGAUGCUCACCUUCUCCGUGUUCCCGUCGCCCAAGGUGUCUGACACCGUGGUGGAGCCCUACAACGCGACGCUGUCUGUGCACCAGCUCGUGGAGAACGCCGACGAGUGCAUGGUCCUUGACAACGAAGCGCUUUACGACAUCUGCUUCCGCACCCUCAAGCUCACCAACCCUUCGUUCGGUGACCUGAACCACCUGAUCUCGGCGACGAUGAGUGGCGUGACCUGCUGCCUGCGGUUCCCGGGCCAGCUGAACUCGGACCUCCGGAAGCUCGCCGUGAACCUGAUCCCGUUCCCGCGGCUGCACUUCUUCAUGGUGGGGUUCGCCCCCUUGACGUCGCGCGGGUCGCAGCAGUACCGUGCGCUGACGGUGCCGGAGCUGACCCAGCAGAUGUGGGACGCCAAGAACAUGAUGUGCGCGGCGGACCCGCGGCACGGGCGUUACCUGACGGCGUCGGCCAUGUUCCGUGGCAAGAUGAGCACCAAGGAGGUGGACGAGCAGAUGAUCAACGUGCAGAACAAGAACUCGUCCUACUUCGUGGAGUGGAUCCCGAACAACGUCAAGUCGAGCGUGUGCGACAUCCCGCCCGUGGGCCUGUCCAUGGCGUCCACCUUCGUGGGCAACUCCACCUCCAUCCAGGAGAUGUUCCGGCGCGUGAGCGAGCAGUUCACGGCCAUGUUCCGGCGCAAGGCCUUCCUGCACUGGUACACCAGCGAGGGCAUGGACGAGAUGGAGUUCACCGAGGCCGAGAGCAACAUGAACGACCUCGUCGCCGAGUACCAGCAGUACCAGGACGCCACCGCCGAGGAGGAAUACGACGAGGAGGAGCAGGACGGCGACGAGGAGCACGUCUGAUGACCGGACGUCGUUCGGUGAAUUGAUCCACAGAGGGGCUUGAGUUUCGUCUCCUAUGCUAUGCCAAUCGAGGCGCUCGCUAUACAUUCCUACUGCCUAAAGUUUGUACCUAUAUGCAUUGUUACUGCCGUGUCUGCACUUGUUACUGCUGCUAGCUUGUGCGUGUAUCUACAGUUGUGUCUGCUAGUACUGGUUUGUGGUGGUGUUGUGAACUUGUGGUGGUCAUCGUUGUUCAGGUUCUGUGCGUUUGUUUAUUCUUCAUGUGCUGGGGUCACUCCCUGUUCUGUAUAUGUUAGCAUGAUUACACUCUUGAGUUUUGUGUUUUUUUGCCAUCCAA